AUGGCGGCCCGGUGCUUCACCGCCAGCGCCGCGCUGCCGCUGAAGGAAACUCACCCGCAAACGGCGCCGCGCAGUCGGCUGUCUCGCGGCGGCCUAGCGGUCGCGGGCUGGGAUCCUCCGGGAAGACUUCCUCCGAACAAACAUGGACGUCUCACACGCUACUCAACUGAACUGAAGGCGAGGAGCCCCGUGCCGAGGGAGCACGCGCUCCGAGACCUCGAGACGUUUCUGCCACUCCGCCAACCGUCGCCGGAUGAGACGCUGCACCGACAGGUGAAGGCGCUGGGCGCCAGCAGCUGGUCCUCCGUGUCUCUGCAUUUCAUGGCUCAGAGGUCAGAGGUGGAGUGUCAGCAGAGGUGGCAGCACAUCAAAAACCCAGAGCUGGUCAAAGGGCCCUGGACCCAUGAGGAGGAUGAGAGGGUGCUCCAGCUGGUGCAGCAGUACGGGGUGAAGCGCUGGUCGCUGGUGGCCAAACAGCUGCUGAGCCGGAAUGGGAAGCAGUGCCGCGAGCGCUGGCACAACCACCUGAACCCCGCGGUGAAGAAGAGCGGCUGGGUUCUGGAGGAGGACCGGGUCAUCUGCCGGGCCCACCUGCUGCUGGGGAACCGCUGGGCCCACAUCUCCAAGCUGCUGCCCGGCCGGACAGACAACUCCAUCAAGAACCACUGGAACUCCACCCUGAAGAGGAAGGUGGAGAAGGAGGGCUACCUCCAGGUCCUCCACCAGCCCUCCCCCCCGAGACCAGCUUCACGGACCCUGGACCCCCUGAGCCAGGCCAACAGCCCCACCAAGCAGGGGGACCAUCUGUCCAGGAUGAAGGACGAGUCCAGCGGCUCCUCCAGCGAUCAGACCGCUCACCUGUGCUCCGCCUCCGGCCCCGCCUCUUCCUCCGGCUACGCCUCCUCACUGAGCAUGUGCGAGCUGACGACCUCUGCGGAGCUGAUGGAGCUGGACCCGGGGCCCUGGAGCGGUGGCCCCAAGCAAGCCUCCACCUGCCUGUUCAGAGAGGGGGCCCCGUCAGUCAUGGACCUGAGUUAUGUCACAGGAGUGAAGGAGCAGCAGGAGGAGCAGGGGGGAGGAGCCUCCUGCGCCCCGGGGGCUCUGAGCUUCUCCCCGUCUGAGGUGAGGACCCUGACCCUGCCGCUGUCUGUGCUGCUGAGCUGUCCCUGUGAUGCCUGUGCUCAGCUCCUCAGCCUGUGUGGCGUGGAGGACCUGGCGCUCCCGGGCCCGGCCCUCGCCUCCACCCCCCUGAAGCGCUCCGCCGGCAGCCGGGAGGAGGCGCGCUGCCGGCACUGCAGCCGCACUUCCUCAGAGAGCAGGGACGCCGCGAGGGCGCCGUGGACGCCGGCCCCUCGGACCCCGACCCCGCUGAAGACCGGCAGCGGCCGGGACCAGGGCUCAGUGUGCUGGAGCAGGACUCUGCAGUGGGAGGAGCCUCGUGUCCAUCCGGACAGCCAACCGGCCAGCAGCGGCUCCCAGGUCCAGGGGGAGAUUCUGCUGAGCUCCAUCCUCCAGGUCCAGGGAGAGUCCAGCUGUGGACUACAGGUCCAGGGAGAGUCCAGCUCCAUCCUCCAGGUCCAGGGAGAGUCCAGCUGUGGACUACAGGUCCAGGGAGAGUCCAGCUGUGGACUACAGGUCCAGGGAGAGUCCAGCUCCAUCCUCCAAGUCCAGGGAGAGUCCAGCUGUGGACUACAGGUCCAGGGAGAGUCCAGCUCCAUCCUCCAGGUCCAGGGAGAGUCCAGCUGUGGACUACAGGUCCAGGGAGAGUCCAGCUGUGGACUACAGGUCCAGGGAGAGUCCAGCUCCAUCCUCCAGGUCCAGGGAGAGUCCAGCUGUGGACUACAGGUCCAGGGAGAGUCCAGCUGUGUCCCGGGCUGCCUCCCGCUGCACAGACAGGUGGAGGUGUGGUGGUGUCAGCAGCCCGGCAGCUACCUGCACUCACCAGACUGCCUUGCUCAUGGACUGAAUCCCUUUGAGCUGGUGAUGUUUGGGAAGACCGAGGACCAGCUGAUUGUGACGGAGCAGGCCCGCCUCUACGAGCCCUGAGCCCAGUGAGUCCUACAAGUACUGCAGAAUAGAACAGAAUACGACUGUGUUACAACUAGUGAUGCUUUAAUGGGACUACACGAGCCUCAGAGUAGUUCAGCAUGAAGUCCUCCAUGUACCUGUCGAUGCAGGACAGUGAAGCGUGGGUCCAGGUUGGGAUGUCAUCGGCCUCCAGAGGGGCCAGAGGGUUCUUGAUGCUCUGGAAAGCUGAAUCAACCCUGCAGCAGCUCUGAGCUCCUGGUGCCACUGGGGGAGCGUCCUCCAUGAA